AUGUUCCUGCUACGAGGCCCGGCCCUUGGGCUGUGUAGCAGACAUUCGAACUCCAGAUUGUAUUCCACCAAAGCAUACGACCCCCUGCGCAUCCUCUUCUGCGGCUCCGAUGACUUCAGCAUCGCUUCUUUGAAAGCUCUCCAUGCCUACCAUCUCAAGCAACCGGACCGGAUCGCCUCAAUUGACGUCGUCUGUCGACCGGGUAAAAGGGUGGGGAGGGGGUUGAAGAAGAUCCGCGAAGUACCGAUCAAGGCGGCUGCCUCGGACCUCUCCCUCCCAAUCCACGAGAUCGAUACCUUCACAGGAUGGACGCCUCCCACGUCUGUCAACCUGAUUGUCGCCGUGUCCUUCGGACUCUUCGUGCCUUCGCGGUUACUGAACAGUGCCAAGUAUGGAGGACUGAAUGUACACCCGUCUCUACUCCCAGACUUCCGCGGCCCCGCGCCCCUCCACCAUACUCUCCUCGCCGGCCGAAAUAAAACAGGCGUUUCGCUCCAGACAUUACACUUAAAGCACUUUGACCACGGCACAAUCCUCUCUCAAACGCCUGCUCCGGGAUUUGACGUUCCCAACCCUGAGUCGUGCACAGUCCCCGAGCUCAUCGACGUGGUGGCCCCGAAAGGAGCACAGCUACUCGUGGACGGUAUCAAAGAGGGCCUAUUCGUUCCACCCGUAGUGGAUGCAGGGUGGCGUGCCGCCCAGGGAAGCCACGAUCUAAUACACGCAGCUAAAAUCAAACCGGAGGACCGGCACAUCGACUGGACGAAUUGGUCCUUGGUUAAUAUCAACAGACGCAGUCGGGUACUCGGGCCUCUGUGGAGUAAAGCUCUCGUCACUAGUCACCCUUCAGAUAAUACCCAGCCAUCGUUUCAACAGAAACGAGUCAUUCUUACGGAGAUGGAAGAGGUCGACCCCCCCAAAGGCUGUGGCUCCUUCUCGCUGGUUCCUGGGUUACCGUUUGUGGGGGGUGGCCAUCCUGUUGAGCCGCGGAAAGGAAAGGCCCUUUACGUUUUUACAUCGGAUGGCAAGGUCAUGCGGAUUAAUCGGAUGAAAGUGGAAGGGGAACAGGAUGCAGAGGGCCUAAGAGCUGCUAUCAAGGCGCGAAUGUUUGGAGAUCGAACAUUCUUAUCGGAGGGGAUGGAGUUUGUCCCCUUUCGUAACCCUCUUGUCUAA